AUGGAAAAUUUUCGGUGCACCGAAUUUCUCACCGAGUCACCGUCGACGUCUUCCGCACCGGGAAGAUUUGGAGGAAUUACCGCAACAACAAUAGCGCCACCAGCUACUUCUGCACCACCGCCGCCAAUAGUAACACGAAGCCUUAACUCUGCGUCGACAUCAGCGCCAUCAUCACGACAACAACAACAACAACAGACACAACAGCUUCGUCGUCGUGCCACCAAAAGUGAUGUAGGUCUUCGUCAGUCAUCACCAAACGAUGUGAUGAAAUUACUUCUUGGACAGAUACCAGUGAGCAGGAAGAGAUCAACGACAGAUCGUUUGAAUAUCGCUCAAUGGCCAAGUGUUCUUCCAUUAGCUGAUAAAACUGUUCACUGUGAUGAUCGCUGCUUAGAGAGUAUGUUCAAAGCACAGAGUAUGAAACCGAUGCAUGGAAAUUGUUUUUUAAGUGUUCAGAUGGAUGUAACAGCACAUCAUCGGCAACAAGUUAUUGAAUGGAUAUAUGAUGUAUGUAAAGAAGAAUAUUGUGAACCCGAUGUUUUCUUACUAGCAGUUUCAUUAGUGGAUCGUUUCUUGAGUGUUCAGUCUUUUCAUCGUAACAAUUUACAAGCAUUAGCCGGUGCAUGUUUAUUUGUUUCAAGUAAAGUAAAAGCACCGCAACCGUUAAAUGCUGAAAGAAUUGCUUACUAUACGGAUGGCGCAGUACGAAUGGAUCAAAUUUUGCAAGGAGAAUUACUGGUGUUAAAUAAGUUAAACUGGGAUGUUUCAACAUCAACAGCACUCGAUUUUCUUGAUCAAGUUGCAGCCCGGUACGGUGACUUACAUCCAUUAUCCGAAGAUAGUCGUAUUGCAGCACAUCGGAUACAAAUGGGUUAG